CAGAACUAGUCCGGGGUUAAGGCUCAGAGGCCGCCGCAAGGAUUUCAGCAUCGCCCUGCGUAUACUGCAGACGUGAACUUGAAUGGAUUUCGAGGUUAAAGGAAUUGCUGCUUCUCUUACAAAUCAAACUCAGCCAUUCUCUGGAAGAAAGAAGCUGCUGCAACAAGGACAGACUCCAAGAUCAUGGGCAAUCCAGAAUCCUAGUCUACCUGUGGUUCCACGACUUGAUUUGGGAAGCCUCGUUGACUCUGAUGAAGAGGAGCAAGACAUAAUACCUGAAAACUUGCCAGCACCAACAAGCAAAUAUAAACUAAAAUAUCAGCAAUAUAAAACUGAAAUGAAAGAGGGAUAUAAACAGUAUAGUCAGAGAAAUGCAGAAAAGACAAAAUCAAAGAUCACACAACAAUCUCCAAGAAAAAAGAUAGAUGACAAGUGUAUUCAAGGUGAAGAAUCCAUCGUGGGUGGUCUUACCACUCUGGAUAAGAAAGCCCUCUUACAACAUGGCUAUGCAGACAUCCCUUACAAUGCACAAAGUAGUAUGAAAAAAUCUGAUGCUGAAAUGGUGGCUGCACAGAGGAAGAAACAGACUGUGGCAGAGCAAGUGAUGAUAGACCACUUAUCUAGGGCUGUAAUCAGUGAUCCAGAACAAAACCUACCCACUGAGAGACCAGAUAGCGCUCUUAUCUUUCCAGAUUCAAAGACUGCGCCUCUUCGGUUUAGGAAAAGAACACUACAUGAAACUAAGAUAAGAACCCAUUCUACAUUAACCGAAAAUAUGCUUUCUCAUAAAGUACAAUUUGAUGGUAGGAUCAUAUCAAGAAAUGGACAUGAUGCCUGCAGAGAGCUGGUUGGGUUCUUUUUUGCUCAUGACCAGUCCCUAACAAUUUAUGAAUAUCGGCAAUUUGGGAAAAAUAGAAUAAGUGUGCUUCCUUUUAUUCAAAAAAACAUUUACAGUCAUCAGUGUGGACGAAGAAAAGGAAAACAAUACCAACUUGGCGAUUUUUAUAUUGGUGCAAACUUGACAUUUUUGAGUUCUGAUCAUUCCAGUCUUCCAGAGAGCAUAAAAGAAAACACAUUACUUAUACUUCGGAUCACUAAUAUUGAUCAGAUAGCUUUGGAUUCUCUCAAAACUGAUUCUGUGGAGCCUGAGGAUAAUUUAACCAGUCAAGAAGCUAACGAUAGGCUUAUUUUAAAGGCUGUUCAAGAUGCGCUAAAAGAACAGCUACACAAAAGAGGUGUUCGUAUUUUGACUGGAUUGGCAAAAUAUCUUCAACAAUUGGACAAAGAAGGAACUGGACUUUUAGAUAAGGCAGAUUUUAAGCAAACUCUCCAAGUAUUUCACUUAGAAGUGUCUGAAAAUGAUUUUGAGUCUGCAUGGCAAAUUCUGAAUGGCAAUGACAGUGGCAAGGUUGAUUAUGGAGAAUUCAAACGCGCCAUUAUUGGUGAAAUGAAUGAAUACAGGAAAUCAUUUGUUCGAAAGGCCUUCAUGAAAUUGGAUUUCAACAAAACUGGCUCUGUGCCUAUUACAAACAUAAGAAAAUGUUACUGUGCAAAGAAGCAUCCUCAAGUAAUUUCAGGCCAUUCCACAGAGGAAGAAAUCAAAUUAUCUUUUCUAGAAACAUUAAAAGAUGCCUGCAGCAAGUCUGAUGAAGUGACCUAUGGUGAAUUUGAAGAUUACUACGAAGGUCUAAGUAUUGGGAUAGUACAUGAUGAAGAUUUUGUUAAUAUUGUACGUACUCCUUGGGGGAUUUAGUUUUUUUAGAAUGAGUGUGUCUUCAGCACUGAGCCUUCUAAAGGUGAGGUGAAUUGAAUGUAAAAUGUGGUCAAACACUGGAAUAUAUUUUUCUAGGACUUCUUUUGUUUUUUGUUUUUCUCAAACAGGUUGAGUCUGGUAGGAGGAAUCAGAAAAAGAGCUGAAGGGAGGUGUAUGUCUGGUCAUGUGCAUGUCUGAGUGUUUGCCUGACUCUAAGCAUGUAAAGCUCUAUCUUGCUCAUUCAUUACUUAUCUUGGAUAUGUUUUAAAGGUCAUUUUUAAAAAUUUUAUUUUAUUUUAUUUGUG